AUGGCAUCUACCACGUUUCCGUUACCAGGAAUAGAGCAUGGCGAACGUAUACUCACCGCGGUGAUCGAACAGCGCGCUAAAGAUGAUGCCAGUGAGCCUUGGCUAUCUGUCCCGCUAGACGAGACGAAUCUGUCUAUUGGUUACAAGGACCUCACCUUUUGGCAACUGAACAAUGCGGCCAAUCGCGCUGCACAUUGGUUGAGUGAAAAUCUCCCCACUGGCGAGCCAUUUCAAUGCUUCGCCUACGCUGGUCCAAAAGAUCUCCGUUAUCCGAUUUUGGCUGUCGCGGCAGCCAAGGUACAGAAGGUGAUGGUACUGCCGUCACAAUUAGUCACUCCAGAGGCCCAGUUGCAAAUUCUUGAAAAGAAAGGCUGUGGGCUUUAUCUUAAGCCCGAGGAAAUGACUGACUCUGUAGCAGGAAUGUUAAAGGGCACCUCGCAUAUCCAGCCUAUUACCAUACCAGGCCUGGAAUAUUUCUUGAAUGAAACAGAGGCUAGCCCGGUAAAAUACCCAAAGUCAUGGGCAGAAGGCAAAGAUGAUCCUUGGUUGGUUUUUCACACUUCCGGAACAACAGGGAACCCUAAACCUAUUACCUAUUCACACCAAAUGAUGGCCGGAGCGGAAGUAGCGGCUUCUCUCCCUGAUAUCGAGGAGACUCAUAUACAUCAAUACGCCCAAAGAAGAUGGUAUACGCCUUUGCCGUCACUACAUUUUGUUGGAAUGCUUAUGACGCUAUCUAUGACGACCUUUGUCAAUAUGACAGCUGUGAUUGGCCCUGCUGGACCCCCAUCUCCAACUAUUAUCACGGAAGUCUUCCGUCACGGACGCGUGGAGGGGGCCCUGCUUCCUCCAGUACUCAUUGACGCCCUCUGUCUCUCUCCUAACGGCCUUCAGGCCCUAAAGGACCUACAAUAUAUUCACUUUGCUGGUGCCCCGCUGUCUGCUAAGUCUGCAGAGCUCCUUGUUCCAUAUACACAGGUGGUACCUUGUGUUGGUAGCACAGAAGCUGGCGGUUACUUCACAACUAUACAUGGCAAACCUGAUGCAUGGGAUUACCUUGCCUUCCAGAGACAUGCGGGAGCCACCUUUGAGCAGCGAUUAGGUGACCUCCACGAGCUUGUAUUUAUCCGUAAUCCGGAUUGUGCGAUGCAGCAGAUAUUUUCCGUAUAUCCAGACCGUGACCGAUUUGAGACGAAUGACUUAUGGGUUAAGCACCCUACUAAAAAAGGUCUAUGGAAGAUCAUUGGCCGGAGCGACGAUUAUGUUUGUUUCUCUCAUGGGGAUGGAUUGCAUGCUUCGCUUCUAGAGCCUGAAAUCACGGCUCAUCCCAGUGUCAAUAAUGCACUCAUCGGAGGGCAUGGAAGACAGUCACCUGUGCUCUUAGUGGAGUUUGUUGAAGGUGCGGAAGACGAUGGGACUCGUGAGGGGCUGCUGGAGAGUCUACGACCCUAUAUUGACAAACUUAACGCACGAUGCCAUGCCUCGGUUCGGAUCUCACUAGAAAAGGUGAUCAUUGCUUCUAGGGAGAAGCUAUUUAUCACAACCAUCAAAGGGAGCGUGGCGAGAUUGCAGACGUUGCGCUUGUAUGAGGAUGAGAUUGCUGCACUGUUCACUUAG